UCGAUCGUGCCGAGCGGAUCGCUACAAAAUGUGGCUCGUAACGCGAUUGUUUCUUGUGCUGAGUGCCAUCGUGGUGCAGCAUGUUUUGGCACAGUGUGACAGCAGUUCGCCGUACCGUACGUUCGACGGUACCUGUAACAACCUGCAAAAUCCAUCCUGGGGAUCAGCCAACACACCGUACGGAAGAUUACUCCCGGCCGAAUACGGCGAUGGUGUGUACGUUCCACGUCGUUCAAAAACUGGAGCCCAACUACCGAGUGCUCGACUGCUGUCGAUGACGAUGUUUAACGACCAAAACAUACUCGAUCCACGAACCACCCUAGUGAACAUGCAGUUCGGACAGCUUGUCGCUCACGACAUGGGUCUACGAGCAGGCAGUUCCGAUCAGGUAGCGUGUUGCCAGAAUGGAAGAGUCGUCGCCAAUCCGGGUCGUCGAUGCUUUGCAAUUCCGGUCCGUCCAGACGACCCGGUCCUAUCCGCCGGUGGGAUUCAAUGUCUGGAACUAGUACGCACACUCAACACCUGUGACGUUAACCCAUCGAGCUGCGCCAACCGUCAACAGGCGCAGCAAUUGAAUGCGGCCACCUCGUUUCUGGACCUGUCCGUUGUGUAUGGUAACAGUGGACAGCAGAAUGCGCAGCUGCGUGCGUUUGUUGGCGGCCGGAUGAAGGUGGACAAUCGGAACGGUACCGAUUGGCCUCCACGACAUCCGCAAGCCACUAGUGCCUGUACGUUGAACGCUGCCACCGACACCUGCUAUUUGACCGGAGACGAGCGAAGCAACAUUACGCCAGAAUUAACGAUCCUGCACGUGGCGUUCUUGCGCGAGCACAAUCGCCUCGCUCAACAGCUGUGCAAAGCGAGACCACUGUGGAACGAUGAGAAAGUGUUCCAGGAGGCACGACGCAUCAACAUUGCACAGUAUCAGCACAUCGUGUACUACGAAUGGUUGCCGUAUUUCCUUGGGAUAGAUCCAAUGACCCAGCGCGGUUUAUUGGUGCGUACGCGCGACUAUGUUAAUGAUUACACGCCGUCGAUUAAUCCAGCCUCGCUCAACUCUCACGCCAAUGGUGCAUUCCGUUACUUCCACUCGUCCAUUCUGGGAAGCUUAAGUCUUCACCAGGAAUCGCGAGCAUUUGCCGGUGCGAUCAACAUCAACGAUCACAUGUUUAACCCCACGGUGCUGGAGCGAAACGAUGGCUACCGGAUGCUGACGCGCGGCAUGACCACGCAACCGAUGGGACGGAACGAUUUGAGCUUUGAUCCCGAAAUCAAACACUUCCUCUUCCGGAUGCGCGGUCGCUUCGGUACCGAUCUGAAGGCGCUGGACAUACAGCGCAGUCGCGAUCACGGAAUAGCGGGUUACAAUGCAUUUCGACAGUACUGCGGAUUAGGUCGUGCUACUCGGUGGGAAGAUUUUGUGGAGCUACGUGGACCAAGAGAUAUUCAACUACUUAGCUCACUCUAUAGUACCGUGGACGAUGUGGAUCUAACGGUGGCUGAGUUCUUCGAGAGACACAUACCCGGUACUCAGGCCGGUCCCACUUAUCACUGUAUUCUGAUGGAGCAGUUCCUGCGUACGGCCAGCAUGUCGCGCAUACUGUGCGACAAUACGCCAGGUGUGGCGCAGAUGCAGCAGCGUGCUUUCCAGCAGAUCUCGGACGUGAAUCCGUUGGUACCGUGCACGAUGAUGCCCUCACUCGACACACGUCUGUGGUAAAGUGUUUUUCCAUUUCAUGUGUGGUGCAUAUUUUAAAAUGUGUUUUCUAGAAAAUUUAUUAAAGGAACCACAUUUAGAGUACAGAUAUCACGAAA